AGGGUCUUGUUGUUGGAAUGGGAGGCUACCAAGUCUAUUCUCCAAUCGAAACUCUGGAAUCUGUGGAGUCUGUUUAGCAACAGCUGAUGGGUGCAGCACAUGACGUUAUUUGGUUCAUCUGAAUUUAGGAAUCGGUAAUUCGUUUACCAUUCAGCCAGAUGUGGCAGUUGGCUGGAGAACGGUGGCAUAUCUCAGGUCGACUUCCGAUCCGUCCUAGGGAACCCUCGCUCCUUGUCACAUACCUAUCUAUGCCGGUCAAUCUCGGGCAUAUCCAUGGGGAUCAAGGUGAGUUUUGCCUGAUAAGCUUGUCUUGCCUGAUGAUAGCUUAGCAUACUUGUACUCCUAUAGAGUGUACUACUGUAGUGUUCUCGCACCAGUCUUUUGCCAGGAAUACACGUCAAGACGACUGCCAUUGCCACGCGUGCAUUGACUUGGCACUACGUAAGCUAUGCCACCAAAGAAGGUUGCGAAGAGAAAUCGGCCCUUUCCCGCCGAGAAGCUGGCACAGGCAACGAACGAAGAAGACGAGAUCAAUGAAGAUCCCGGCGCGCCUGAAGGAAGCGGCUAUCGUGGGGAGGUGGAAGAUCCUCCUCGUCGGUCUUCCUCUCCCCCAUUCCUGAACCCCGAAGGUGUGCGUUUGGAUGAGGAAGGAGAUGAUGAUCGGGAGGAAGGCGGCAACGGAGGGGAAAUGGAAAGUCCGCCGAGAGUGGCAUCCGCGAUGGAAGCUAGCCGGCGUGCUCGGACAACUGGUGCUGACGAACUCAAGCUUGAGGUUUUGUCCGGACCGGCCAAGGGCAUGGCCCCUGUUCUCAUCUCUUCAGAAAGCGCAGUCAUUGGGAGAAUCAAGAAAGGAACGGCUGUCCACAUCAAAGAUCCUACGACAGCCCCUGUUCUCAUCUCUUCAGAAAGCGCAGUCAUUGGGAGAAUCAAGAAAGGAACGGCUGUCCACAUCAAAGAUCCUACGAUAUCGGAGAGGCAUGCGGUUGUAUCGUGGGAUGAAACCAAGGGUGAAUGGAAUAUCUCUGAUCUGGGAAGCUCGAAUGGAACCUUUCUGAAUGGGGCAAGGGUCCGAAAAGGUACACUGCACCCACUCAGGGACUGCGAUGUUCUUCAUCUGGGGCUGGAGACCGACAUGUUUGUCUUAGUCACACCGAAGUUUGCUCUGGAUGACAUCUCCAUGUAUGAUCUUGCAGCCUUCCAGGGUGAGCUAGCCAUCAAGCGCGCGGAGGCCAAAGUGGAUCUGGAGAUUGCAUUUAUGCAGAAGAAAAUCAAAGCUCUUAAGAGGCACUUGAUCGAGUCAGCGCACACAAGUGAAUCGUGACACUUGUAUUUGGACUCCGAUGAAAAGCGAACAUGACUGUUAGAUGUCCAAGCUGUUUUUCAUUCAUAUGUUUCAAAUCUGGUGAGCAUCCUGAAAUUGGCCCCUGGUCUGCCUUAUUUGUCCCUCUCCUGCGUUGUCCCUUCGUAUUUGGCGCAAAUCCGUGCUCUCUGCCUCCCUACUUGGAAACAAAUUGUUGCGUCCGUG